AAUGUCUAAUCCUGCAACUGGUGUCUUAAUCUUUGAAAGAGCUCAUAAAGUAAUUGUUCCCAUCGAAUGGGAUAAAAACAUCACCAAUAUGUUUGAAGAAAAUUAUAGUUCUCUCUAUGAAAGACUUCCAAUGUGUUCACUCACUCCGUGCAAAGAAAAAGACCGUGCAGGAAUUAGUACGAUUUGUGUUGAGAGCGAAGACGAAAAUCCUCCUUCCCAAAAUAUACGAUUACAUUUUAAUAAUACUAAUUCGGGAACUUGA